AUGGGCCGUCCCAUCGUGCAAGUGUCGUUGGACGACUUCGAGAAUCGGAAGCAGGAGAUCACGAAUGAUCUCUGGAAAGCUGCCACCGAAAUCGGCUUCUUCUACCUCAAAGACCAUGGUUUGUCUGGGGAUGAAAUAAAGCAUAUGUUCGAGAUAUCAGAGGCGUUCUUCAAGCUACCUGCAGAUGUCAAGGCCAAGUACCGCUUCGACCUGUCCAAGAACAUCGGCUGGGAAUCCGGCCAGCAGAAGCGCGCUUCUCAUCACCUGCCCGAGUUGAAGGAGUCUCUGCAGCUCAAAUGGCAUGACAUGGAGGGAAGGUGGCCCAGCGAUCAGGACAUUGCUGACUUUCAAGCUACCUGUGAGGCAUUUAUGCAGAAGUGCCAAGAGAUCUCCUUCAAGGUGCUGUCCUGCUUCGCACUCGGCCUUGGCUUCGAGGAAGACUUCUUCACCAAGAACCAUGAUGUGACGAAGCCAGAUGCCCAGCAGACCUUCCGCCUGAUGCACUAUUUCCCAGUUGAGGGAAAGACCUUCCCUGAGGGAUUCCCACGGGCAGGAUCACACUGUGACUUCGAGACAAUCACGCUGUUGUUUGCCAAAGGGGCCGGCCUGGAGGUUUGCCCUGGAAGGGAGGCAACAUCUGAGCAUGCAGUCGGUGAUGAGUGGACCGAGUGCCCUGCACUCCCUGGAACCAUCACAGUGAACAUCGGGGAUGCUCUGAUGAGGUGGAGCGAUGACAAGCUCAAGUCCAACUACCACCGGGUCAGAAUGCCCCUUCCAGGCGAGGACAAGGGUUCCCGCUUCAGCAUCGCCUAUUUCAACCAGGCCAACAAGCACUCAAUCAUCGAGGGCAAGGAGGGCAGAUACCCUCCGAUCUCUGCCGAGGAAUUUGUGAGCGAGUCUCUCCGCGCUAUCUAUGUGAAACAGCCCCAAGCGGUGUCAGCGGCCAGUUAA